CCCUAAACUGCAAUUAAACAGCUGAAAAACUGAGCACUAUAAAAUACAUAGUUCUGGCAACCAUUAAUUAACUGACAUGGUUUUUUCGCUCACCUGAGCACAAAGUGCACCUGAGCACAAAGUGCUCGGGGUGAGCUAUUGUGAUCGCUCACCGUCCGGCGUCCGUCCAGCCGUCCACACUUUCCUUUAAACAACAUCUCCUCCUAAACCACCAGGCCAAUUUUGAUGAAACUUCACAGGGAUGUUCCUCUUUAAAAAUUGUUCAAAGAAUUGAAUUCCAUACUGAACUCUGGUUGCCAUGGCAACCGAAAGGAAAAACUUUAAAAAUCUUCUUCUCAAAAACCAGAAGCCCUAGAGCUUAGAUAUUUGGUGUGAAGCAUUGCCUAGUGAACCUCUACCAAGAUUUUUCAAAUCAUGACCCCGGGGUCAAAAUUGACCCCGCCCCAGGGGUCACUUGAUUUUACAUAGGAAAAUCUUAAAAAAUCUUCUUCUCAAAAACCAGAAGCCCUAGAGCUUAGAUAUUUGGUGUAAAGCAUUGCCUAGUGGACCUCUACCAAGUUUGUUUAAAUCAUGACCCCGGGGUCAAAAUUGACCCCGCCCCAGGGGUCACUUGAUUUUACAUAUGAAAAUCUUAAAAAAAAUUCUAAAAAUAAACCAGAAGUCCUAGAGCUUAGAUAUUUCAAAUGUAGCAUUGCCUAGUGGACCUCUACAAAACUUGUUCAAAUCAUGACCCCCAGGAUCAGAAUUGACCCCGCCCCAGGGGUCACGUGAUUUUACAUAGGAAAAUCUUAAAAAAUCUUCUUCUCAAAAACCAAAAGGCCUAGAUCUUAGAUAUUUGGUGUGAAGCAUUCCCUAGUGGACCUCUACUAAAAUUUUUCAAAUCUUGACCCCGGGGUCAAAAUUGACCCCGCCCCAGGGGUCACUUGAUUUUACAUAGGAAUAUAUUCAAAAUUUUUCUAAAAAUAAACCAGAAGGCCUGGAGCUUAGAUAUUUGACAUGUAGCAUUGCCUAAUGGACCUCUACAACGUUUGUUCAAAUCAUGACCCCUGGGGUCAAAAUUGACCCCUCCCCAGGGGUCAUUUGAUUUUACAUAGGAAAAUCUUCAAAAAUUUUCUAAAAAUAAACCAGAAGGCCUAGAGUUUAGAUAUUUCAUUUGUAGCAUUGCCUAGUGGACCUCUACAAAAUUUCUUCAAAUCAUGUCCCCCUGGGUCAAAAUUGACUCCGCCCUAGGGGUCACUUGAUUUUACAUAUGAAAAUCUUCAAAACAUUUCUAGAAAUAAACCAGAAGGCCUAGAGCUUAGAUAUUUCACAUGUAGCAUGGCCUAGUGGACCUCUACAAUAUUUAUUCAAAUCAUGACCCCCGUGGUCAAAAUUGACCCCGCCCCUGGGGUCACUUGAUUUUACAUAUGAAAAUCUUCAAAAAUUUUAAAAUAAACCAGAAGGCCUAGAUCUUAAAGCUUUAGCUUAGAAAUUUUUUCAAGCAAGCAACUGUACUCAGGUGAGUGACAUAGGGCCAUCACGGCCCUCUUGUAUUUUCAGAUGGUCGCGUCCAUUAAGUUAAGGCGAAACCCCAUAAAUUUGUUACCUAACCAGUGUCAAAAUGCAACAUCUGGGCACUAUCUAGAGUGGUGGAACCUAUAUGAUCGCGGUAUUUUGUACAAGCAAGAAAAACUUACCACUUCGAUUUGCCUGUGCAAAAACAUAAAGUUAUCCCCUUUUUAUCGAAACAUGUUGUUGAUGUGCGUCAUUACGUGACUUAGUUAGACAAGCUUACUGUCGCUGAGUUACAGUUUUACCGUCACAAUAUAAAACAAACUGUAUGCGUCGGAUUAAUGUUACAGCUUGACCGUCACAAUAUAAAACAAACUGUAUGCGUCGGAUUAGUAUUACAGUUUGACUGUCACAAUAUAAAACAAACUGUAUGCGUGGGAUUAGUUCGACUAAUGACUUAAUCAUCUUGUGGGCUAUCAACAAGACUUACAUAAAAAACUUGAAAUUUCGCCCUGAGUGAAGGGAACCUAUGCUGACGACUGAGAGAAUAUAUCAAACCAGACUGUAAUCAGUGAUAUGGCAAAAAGAUACUAUGUGAGGAAUACUGUGGUUCCAUUUGAGGAAGAUUUCACACAUGAAUUCAAAGGACACAGAAAUAUAUGUGUGGAAGAUUUACCUCCCUGGACACAAGAAAGUAAAACUGAGUCCAAGCCUUCUAGAAGAGCUGUCUCAAGAGUUCUCAGUGCCUUUCUAAACACUGGUAAAGGUGGAACAGUGUACCUGGGAGUGAUCGAUUCAGGUGAAGUGAAAGGUCUACAGCUCUCUGCUGAUCAGAAAAUGCAUGUGAUUGACAGUGUUAACGAUGUAAUGAGUCGAUAUACCCCUCCGGUGAAGAAACACAGAUAUUCUAUCAAGUUUGUUCCAGUGUGUGAUACUGAUGAUGCUGGUAAUACAGGAGCUACCAAGAGCCUUGACCAGGACUUUGAUCCUGUCAUAGCAGGCCGUCCACAUGUACUGAGACAGCACAAUUAUUGUUGGUGUGAUAGGGAUGCUGUCAUGAAAUACAAUGCAGGUAUUAUGCUUCAAGAUUACAUCAUAGAAAUAAAGGUCAAGCCCUGGGAUGGGAAUGAUUCCCUGAAUAAAGAUGAUGGAUGUGGACCAAUGGUUAAUAUACAUCCUAUACAUGAUGAUGAAGAGGGUAACUGCUUCUUUAGGAGGCAAGCCAGCCUAGUACAGUACACAAUGACUGAAUUAGCUCGACUCACUAGACACGAGGUAGAUGAAAGUUGUCAGCAGAAAAUUGCAAGUUUAAAGAGAGAAAUUACACAGCUACAACGGAUGAAACAGGACUCAGCAACAUGAACUUGUUAGAUAAUCGACCCACAUGGAUUUGUGCCACUGAUUUUUGCAUUUGAGAAGAGGCCAGGGAAUUUGAUCCAGAAUAUUUUGGAGGAGAGAAAUGACUAUUAUGUCUGUUUAUGCUUCCACGAUGUAAAUAAUUAGAAUGGAGUUUGGAAUUUAAAAGAAUUUUCUAAAAAGAUAUUUACAAAAUGUUCCUUGUGUUUUAAGGUAUUUGCAGAAUUCUUUUAAGAAUUAGACUUUCUAGUGCUGGGGAAAGCUGACUAGAGGCUGCAGACAGCAAAUAAACAAAUACAGAUGAAGACAGAAGUUUUGUAGUAAUACAUCUUAACUGUCAAUCACACUAUUUGUACUUAAUCAUUCUCGCAUUUUUAGCUCAACUAUUUGUUUCACAAUUGUCACCCUUACGUUGCAGUCAGUGUUGACAUCCACUUCCCAAAAAGUUCUGUGUAUAAAGAGUUUUCUCAGAAACUUUUAGGUUAAAGGACUUUCAAACUUCACACAUGUCUUUGGUAUCAUGAGAUGACCUCAAAAGACAAGAUAUGUAGUUUCAGCUUCCUCCUUCUGAACUUUAAGUAUUUGGUUAGUUUAAGUUUUACAUGUUAACUUUAUUCUCAAAAACUACUAGUCCAAAUGCUUUCAAACUUCACAUGUCUUCAGCAUCAUUGGAUGACCUCACAGGACAACUUUCAUCACUCUAGCUUAUAUUUUGUUAGAAUUAUGUCUCUGCCUAACAUAGAAAUUUGUGAAUGUCUUGCAUAUAAGCAGAUUCUCAGAAACAACUUGUUCCCAGCUUUCAAACUCAUCACAAGGCUAAUGUUUUUUGCUAUGGCUGUAAAAAUACAGCAUUUUUAUUUUCAUUGAAAAUGUAUAGCACUGUUAUUUACAUAAAAUAAAGGUUGAAGUAAUUUAAUUUUCAUAUUAUGAGCAACAUCGUCACACUAACAGGUUCACUGGCAGAGACUGCUAUUUCUUCGUAUGGUUAAGGUUGUAUGUAAAGUUUCUUUUAGUGUAAAAAUUCAAAACAACAAG